AUGGAGCAAGCGGUGCAACAGUUACAGCAGCAACUGCAGGAUCUGAACGGCCAGUUCCAGCAGUACCGCCAGGACUCGCAGGCGCGAGAGCGGGCGCUUGAGAACCAGCUGAUCCAAGUUCAGCAGCAGUCACUGGGCCAGUUGGCGGCUCAGCAGGCAGAGCUUCUCCAGAACCUGAAGAACAGGGACAGGGUCCAGCUUGUGGACACCAAGGGAAUAGGACGACCUGUUGGCUUCGAUGGAACGGAAGAAAAGGUUCUACCCUGGAAGGUGAAAGUCGAGAACUUCAUCACCAGCACGUUCCCUGACUUAGAGCCUGUGUUGGAGUGGGCCGAAGAGCACGCGGGACAGAUCGACGAAGCCGACGUCACCGUGGCUUACGGGGACCGACAGGAUCCCGAGUUUGUUCCGGACCUUCGGAACAAGGAGGCCCAGGUGUACAUGGUUCUGCAGCAGCUGUGCGAAAAGGAGCCGUUCGACAUAGUGAGCAACUGUGGUCGAGGCAACGGGCUUGAAGCCUGGAGGCGCUUGAACAGGCGCUACGACCCCUCCACUGGCGGCAGGAAGAAGACCCUACUGAAGCACAUCCUCAAUCCGUCCCGGGUGACGUUGGAUGAGCUGUCCGGGGCUAUUGAGAAGUGGACCGACAGCGUCCGCAUGUACGAGCGACGAAAGGAUAGGAACGGCGACAGGAGUUCCAUCCCAGAUGACAUCAAAAUCUCUGCUUUAGAGGGCUUGGUGCCGAAAGAGCUAGAAAAACACAUGCUUCUCAACAGCGAUCGUUUCGAUACGUUCGCCAAAGCCAUUGAGGGGAUCGGGACCUACCUCGAAGCCCGCACAGGGACGAGGCUGAAGGUGGUUGACCACAGCGGCGGCAGGAACCCAGACGACAUGGAUGUCGGAAGCUUUGUCCGGGGCAGGCCAAAAGGCGCGCCGAAAGGAGGCAAAGUCCCCAAAGGCAAGGGCAAGGACGACAGGCCCUGGGGCGACCGGAAGCCCGCCCAGACGAGCUUCCAGGGCACCUGCGACAACUGCAAGAGGCCAGGCCACAAGAAGAAGGACUGCUGGCGCCCUGGCGGAGGCGCGCACAAGCCCGACGGGACAGGCCAGCCCAAAGCUGGGCCGAAGGGUCCCAAGGGCGACGGCAGAGGCAAGGGCGGAAGAGGCCCCAAGGGCGGCAAGCCCGUCCGGUCCCUCGAAGAGGAGGAACCCGAAGAGGAGGCAGCUGACCAGAGCUACCUCUCCCUGAGCCCGCUUGAGGUGUGCCGCGCUGGCGACCCCGAGGAACCCGCACCAGGUGCUUCGCCUGAUGUGGGUCGGCAGGAAGUGGGGCAGAAGCCAGGCGACGGUGCCACCGCAGGGCUGCAGAGAAGCAUCUCCGCAGCGAGUUCGGUCCGGAUGCACCGAGACGUGGAGUUUUCUCUCCGCAGUGCGUAUUCGGACAGGCUUCGUGCGAUCAGCGCGGAGAUGGAGAUGGCCGAGGACGAGGCCACGCUCCAGGAGCUCUUGCUGGAGAAGGCCGAGAUCGAGCGGAAGCGCGACUCGAUGAAGGCCAUGGCGAAAGCUGACGACGACCAGCGGCGCCAGCGGCGCCGCGACCAGCCAGAGAGCUCGACGGAUCCGAAGCUGGAUCAGAGCCACCACGACGUCAGGUACCGCAAGGCUUGCGAGAAGGGCGUGCCGCACCACCAGGCGUGGUACCACGAGAAGAAGCGCAGGCGUGCUGCCGAGCACAGGAAGAAGGGCGUGCCGGAGCGCGCGGCCGAGCGGAAGCGGCUCGAGGGCAAGUGGCACGAGGAGUUCGACUCCAAGGCGGUCAAGGAGGAGGAGUACCUGACGACCGAUCAGGUGCUGGACGGCAUGGACGGAGAGGUCGUUGCCGCGGCCGUCGACGGGAACCUGCGCGUGUACGGCGGCGACCUGACGGAGGCAAGCGCUGCCGGCCGCAAGGUGGACAAGUCGGACGUCGUGCUGAAGAAAGAGGACGUCAAGCUCUACAGGCCGCUCUCCCGGCAGGAGCUGCAGUCCUUCCGGCAGGAGGACCCGAACGAGGCCGAGAAGGCCCUCUACCAGAAGGCGAAGGAGAAGCUGGACCGACAGCGCAGCGGCGCUGAGCUGCCCUCUGCUUUUCGGAGGAUAGGACCGCAGGCGCGGGAGACGCACAACAGGAAGCAGCUUGCGAAGGCAACUGCUGCCAAGCCCUGCUACACGAAGAUGUUCAGCGGCAAGUGCUCUCGCGAGAACUGCCCGUUCUCGCACGACCAGUGCGACAAAGGCAAAGUGUUCUGCGAGCACUUCGAACGGGGCAGGUGCAAGUGGGGAGACCGCUGCAGGUUGAUCCACGACGAGAGUCACAGGAACCAGUUCCUGGACGAGCUGGACGCCAAGCGCCGCCGGAGGCAAGACGCGUGGGAGACGGCGGAGGCCGCCGUAAAGCACGAGUGGAAGGGGGAGACUCUGUACUGCAACGGUGUGAAGAUGGAACGUCACGAGAUGAACUUCGACACGGGGGCGGCCAUCACGGCUUUCCCGAAAGAUUUUGCGACAAGCUAUCCCAAAAGCGACCCGACCGUCAGAAAAUACAAGACAGCAAGCGCCGAGGAGAUCAGUGACGAGGGCGGUAGGAAGGUGUACGGCACGGAUGCGAACCUCAAUCCGUGUUCCCUGGAGGGUCGCGUUGCCGAUGUUCACAAAGUUCUUGUCUCUGGCGUAAAGAUGUGUGAGCACAGCGACGAGCCGGAAAACGCUGUGCCUACUAUCAUGUUGGAUUACAUGUUUAUGGGGCAGGCUGGUGAGGAAACGAUGCCUAUGUUGGCAAUCAAGGACAAGAAAACCAAACGUCCUUGGUGCACGGUGAUCGAGAGGAAGGGUGAGGACCCUUUCGCGAUCAAAUUCCUGGCGGAAGCAAUCCGCGAGACAGGGUACAGGCGAAUCAUCCUAAAGUCGGAUGAUGAACCAGCCAUACUGGCCCUGAAGACCAAGACCCGGGAACAGCUGGCAGACGUCGAAGUCGUCAUGCAGGAGGCUCCGACGGGCGACCACCGAGCGAACGGUGAGAUCGAGGUCAUGGUGCGUGAGUUGAAGCGCACAAUACGUGCCCUGAAGAGCAGCACCGAGGAGAAACUAAAGCUGAAAUUGAAGGACACAGAUCCUUUGCUUGCCUGGAUUCCGAGACACGCAGCGUUUCUGAUGUCUCGAUUCCGCGUAGGAGAGGACGGGAAGAUCCCCUACGAACGAGCCACUGGGAAGAAGUGGCGACGUCCCCUGGUGCUCUUUGGAGAGCGUCUGUUUUUCAGACCGGUUAAGACUACGAAUCGCAAGCACGAUUUCGAGUCGAAGGUCUGUGUCGGCAAUUACGUCGGCACGCACGGCAGGAAUGCUGAUGUCAUGGUCAUGACUGUCAUGGCGGCACCCAUGCCUGUGGAGGUGCCAGCCGUAGCGGCACCUGCAGUCGAAGCUCCACCGGCCCCUGUGGCACUGAGAGAUGUGGCCAAAGCUCUGUACGUUAAGCGUGCAGAUAUUGACAAGCACGGCAUUUGGCCGGGUUGCAAAGGGCGCACGUCUCUGAUGACAGGCGGGAACGAGUCCCAUCGCGAUGUCGAGAUGGGGCAGGCUGGCUGCUUGUGCAGCCUGGCGGAGGCAGUGGCCGAGGCGUGCCACAUGGCGAGCAUUGCGGUCAGCGGUACCUACAUGCGAAAGAGCACUGUUUGGGUCACUAAUUUUCAACACCUUGCCGAGUUCAUCCGGCAAGAAUCCGAGAGAAGAAUGGGUGUAACUUGGCACAGGCGCGUCGUUGAAGUCGACGGUCGGCUCGUAGAGAGCGGCCGGAAGCCCUGGGCAAUCCAGGUCGCCAUCCUCACUUCGAUGUUGCACGCUUCAGAGGAGAAGGGUGAGAUAUGUUCCUUCGGGCAGGUUGUUGGAGCCGGACCUGUGCCAGAAGAAGGGGCAGAGAUAGAGGAAGAACCUGGUGUAUACUUCGACGAUGUCACCGGGGCAGAGACCGAACUAGAGUGGAUCAGAAAACAAAAGGUCUACGUCAAGGUCCCCAUCAAGCAGUGUUGGGACCGAACGGGCAAAGGCCCGAUAUCCCUGAAGUGGGUGGACACGAACAAAGGCGACGACACUAACGAAAAGUAUCGUAGCAGGAUCGUGGUUCGAGAGAUCAGAAAGAACGGAAAGAGAGCACUGCCGGACCACGAGUUGUUUAGUUCGAUGCCCCCGCUUGAAUCACUGAAGAUGCUGUGCUCUAUGCUGACCACACUGAAGGUGAGCAAAGGGCGGAGGAAGCAUCUGAAGCUGAAGCUGUUCGACAUAUCCCGUGCCCAUUUCUAUGGUGUUGCCAAACGGGAGGUUUACGUGUCUCUCCCGGAGGGAGACCAACAGAAAGGGUGUGUUGGCCCAGAGGCCAGCGACGGCACAGAGAUGUGUGUGCUGAACAGAACGAUCAGGUACAACAAGGAGAACGGCGUGGUUGAGUACGAGGCAGACCAGCGCCACGCUGAGCUGAUCAUCAAAGCACUGGGAUUAGAGAAGGCGAAAGCCGUGACAACGCCAGCCGAGAAGAAAACGGCUAGCGCCGUGUCGGCGGCACUGUCGCUGCCGAAGGUGGAUGAAGAGCGACAGAGGUUCUACAGGUCUUUGGUCAUGAGGGCGUCCUAUCUAGCACAGGACAGGGCGGACUUGUGCGAGUGCGUCAAGUCACUUGCUCGAAAGAUGAUUGGACCGACCGAAGCUGACUUCGCAGACUUGAAACGUCUAGCCGUGCUCAUGGGCAAACACUGUGUGAAGGCAUCGUCUGGACUCCAGAGCACCAUCGCUCUCUCGAGUGGUGAGAGCGAGUUCUACGGAAUCGUCAAAGCUGCUUCAAUUGGUUUGCAAGUUCAAGCGCUGCUAGCCGAUUGGGGUUAUAAUGCAAAUGUGACGGUGCUCACAGACAGUAGUGCUGCACGUGGCACCUGCGCCCGGCGAGGGCAGGGGAAGCUGAGGCAUGUGCAGACCCGCUACUUGUGGGUCCAGGAAAGGGUGGCGCGAAGUGAGAUCGAUGUGCAACAGGUAGGGACAAAGAACAACAUCGCAGAUAUGUGCACGAAACCUGUCAACGGAGAUUCCCUCACAAAGUUUAUGAAGAUGUCGAGCCACUAUUUUCUGAGCGGCCGGGCGGCGACAGCAAAGCAUUUAGUGAAGGUGUAG